AUGGAAAAAAUCUUAAGAUUGUCACAGCAAUUUUACAGACGUAAAUUGGACAAGGAAAGAUUUACCUCUAUUCAUAUACAUCAAAAAUAUAAUGUGCCAAAUCAAGGACGUGAUAAAGGACUUAUUGCUCACAAUGUUUAUCUAAUAAACGUCAAAGUAACCAAUACAAAAAUUAAAAAAUCAAAUAAUACAAAAUCAAUCCCUAUAAAACGAAAACAAAAUGUGCGUGCAAGUUCCAGUAAGAAAAAGGCAAAGAAAGCCAUUUCAAUUAUUUCUGAUAAUUCAGAAGAUGAGGAUAAAUGCCAUAAUGAUAAUGAUAAUAACAAAGAAAAUAAUGCAUCUAAAUCAUUUUCAAAAUUUGAUGAGUUAGAAUAUCAAGAAAGAAAUUUAGCACUAAAAGAACGGGAACUUGACUUAAGGGAGAGGGAAGCUAAGUUGAUCAGUGCGAGAUUUGUCUCGUUCUUCUCAUACUUUAAGGCCGUUCCAAUAUUGCUUUACAGAAUAGGAGUUCGUGCAUUUAUCGAAGUUGCCCAGAAAGUUUUUAGCCUUCUGUGA